UUGCGAACGGCCUGACCGUUACGGUUUUUCGCUCCCGGCACAAGAAGCGAAUAGACUGUGAGACUGACAAAAGCGCGGCGCCAUAUUGCGAGCUUGUGUUUGGUUAACAUUUCUGGCGCGUGGUGAAGAAGCUUGUAAUUUAAUUGAUAGCGAUGUCCGACAAUCAGGAACAGAAACCCGAAGCCGGUCCAGGCGAUGCGAAUUCAGAGUACAUCAAGCUCAAAGUUGUUGGAAACGACAGCAACGAAAUUCACUUUAGGGUAAAGAUGACCACUCAAAUGGGUAAGCUGAAAAAGUCCUACAGCGAUCGCGUGGGUGUACCUAUGACAUCGCUUAGGUUUCUCUUUGAUGGCAAAAGAAUCAAUGAUGAUGAAACACCAAAGCAGCUUGAAAUGGAGAACGACGAUGUCAUUGAAGUAUAUCAAGAACAAACAGGUGGUCGUUAACCAAGUUAGGAAGAGGAGGAUCAUUUCGUUCUAAUAUUUUAUAAAGUGAAAGUGACUAUUAUAACAAGACAAAAAGGACAAGUUUAUAUAAGUAUACAUUCAUACACACAUACACAUAGUACACGCAUACAUACACAUUACACAUAUAAACAUAUACACAUAUACAAAUGAUAAAACAAAAUGUAAUUUCUUGACUUCACGUAUAAUAUUGUAAAACAUGUUGUCUUACAUUCCUGUACUAAGGCGAAUCGUCGCCCGGGGAGAUUGGAGCAGUGAAUCCCCGGGACGUUUUGUAAAACACGCGUGUUAAUAGUCACGCCUUAACAUUUACAUACUACGUGUCCGUUUUCGUAUGUCGUCAGGGCAAUUCUCAAAUAGAAUAAUUCAACUGUGCGCCAUUAUAAAUGCGUUUGACAUUCGCAAGCUCCUCGUCCAUUUGAACUUGUCCCCAGAAAUCUCACAUUUUUCUUUAUUUCUCUCUUCUUUCUCUCUGUUUCUCUUUUCAUAUUUCAUGAAUACAGGAAAUGAUGUGUAUAUGAUAUAACGAAAUUGUUAUGUUUAAGGUACAAUAAAAAUAGUAAUUAUGAAA